AUGACACGAUGGGUUGGGUUCUUAGCGGCAUACCAAUACACCUUGGUCUACAGGCCAGGCAAGGCUAUUGGGCACGCGGACGCAUUGAGCCGUUGCCCCCUUCCAAUUCCUGCAGAGGACCCUGCCCCUGCCUCAUCAGUCCUGUUUAUCGACGACCAGGCUAUUCCAGUGUCAGCAUCAGAUGUGGCGAAGUUCUCUUCCAAGGACUGUACCCUCCGCCAAGUGGCUGACUGGGUGAGGAGGGGGUGGCCCCUUGGGCAGUUGGCUUCCGAGUUUCAACCUUACAAGGUCAGGCAGCAUGAAAUUUCUAUCAUCAGAGGUUGCCUACUUUGGGGCUCCCAAGUGAUAAUUCCAGAUGAGCUCCGUGGCCGGAUCCUCAAUGUCUUGCAUGAAGGCCACUCAGGCAUCGCCCGCAUGAAGGCAUUAGCCCGCAGUUACCUGUGGUGGCCAAGGCUAGAUGGGGAAAUCGCUGAGUGGGUGGCCGGGUGCCCAAGGUGCCAGAUCCAUAGAGCAGCUCCUCCAGCGGCAGUGGCCACUGAAUGGGAGAUGCCAAAAAGCCCCUGGGCCCGCGUCCACAUAGAUUUUGCCGGCCCCAUCCAAGGUCACAUGUUGUUGAUUAUCGUUGACGCUUACUCUAAGUGGGUCGAGGUUGUCUCAAUGACCUCUACCACCUCAGAGGCACUGAUCCAUGCACUUAAGAGAGUUUUUGCCACUCAUGGUUUGCCUGAUGUUUUAGUGUCAGAUAAUGGGCCGCAGCUAACCUCAGCGGCCUUCCAAGCAUGCCUGGCAAAGCAGGGCAUUCGCCACGCCACUAUUGCUCCAUUUCGUCCUGCCUCGAAUGGCCUGGCUGAAAGGACAGUCCGCUCAGCUAAAGAAGUCCUAGCUAAAUUAGUUUCCGGAGAUUGGCGAGACAAAAUAGCGACCUACCUAUUGGCACAACACACAACUCCAUGCCCCAUGACUAACCGCUGCCCGGCAGAACUGUUGAUGGGCCGACGAUUGAGGACUGUGUUAGAUCGUUUGCACCCUGAGUACUUGCCAGAGAAACCCCCUGAUUCUACCAGUGGAGCCCGCGCAUUCCAAGUGGGGGAUUGGGUGUAUGCCCAGCAUUUUGGGGGGGACCCGCGGUGGCUACCAGGUCAAAUAGAAGAAGUGACCGGCCCCCGUUCAUACCGGGUUCAGUUGGAAGAUGGCCGCAUGUGGCGGCGCCAUGUGGAUCAACUGCGCCGCCGCCACAUGCCCCCAUCCAAUGUACCGAGCAACACAGAUCUGGCCGCAUCGAAUCAGCCACCACCUGUACAAAGCAAAGAGUCCCGUCCAGAAAACAUGCCCAAUCCUGAUAGUCCACCCACAACUUCACCAGCUGUCGAUUUACCUCAAAGGCCACAUCAGGACCGGUCCAACGAGUUUCCAUCCAGCGCGGCUAAACAAGCCCUAGAAGUUCGGGCGGUAGGUACAAUUGUCGCGGUCGGUGGUCACGUCCAUUCGUGUUGGGACGCGUGGGCCAGAGUUGUGGCUUACAUCCCUGGAGCGUCCGAAGCUGCGGCGUCAUGUCAUUGCAGCUUGAGUGGAACGCUGCGUUUGGAGAACGCGAUUCUCGGGCUGCGAGAAUAA